AUGCGGUUCAAGACGGACCUUAGGAAUGUCCGGACUUUUUCCAAGUUGACAGCAGCGCUGAACUCGCUGGAAAAGAUUGCAUGGAUGCGCCUGGACGAUGACAGCGUUCGAUUCACCGUCAUCCCCGAUACAGGUUCUCAAGUAUGGGCCUCCCUCUCCGUCGAUCUGAUCUUCGACAACUACCACCUGCAAUCGGCUGAGGCCAACAACACCAUCAAUCUCGAACUGCCCCUCGGCCCACUCCAGCGCGCUCUCAAGUCUGCCAUCAACAGCAGCUAUGCCAACCUACGCCUGACGAAGCGGGACGGCAUCCCGAUGCUGUCCAUGACGAUCCACACCAUGACCAAGGACGGGGUGCACGAAUCACGAGGCGGCGGCGGCGGCGGUUUCGGGGCCGGAUUCGGCGGAGGCCGAGGAGGUGGAGCCAACAACAACAACAGCCCAGACCCCUUUGACGAGCACGUCUUCGCUCAGGAAUCCCUCGAGCUCACCAUGAAGCGCGAGCGCGAAAAGAUCAUCACGCAGGACAUACCCGUGCGCGUGCUGCACCCGGACACGGUCGAGACCAUCAUGCAGCCCAAGGUGCGCGAGCCCGACGUGCACAUUCAGCUGCCCCCGCUGCUGCAGCUCAAGGCCAUCUCGGACCGCUUCACCAAGCUAGCCCUGACAGGCAGCGGCGCUUCCUCCUCUCUCACAUCAGCCGGCGCCGCCGCCUUCACCAACACCCGGAGCGGCGGCGGCGGCGGCCAGAACCCAAAACUCGAACUAUCCGCCAACAUGCACGGCUCACUACGCCUGCGGCUGGCGACCGACACACUCGACAUCACGUCGGUGUGGCACGGACUAGAUAACCCAGAGCUGGACCCGGCACAGCUGGCCAUGCCGCUCGAGGAGCACCCGUCGACACAUUUCCGGCAGGCCGGGCCCGACAAGUGGGCGACGGUGCGCGUCGACGGGCGCGACUGGAGCAGGGUGCUGAGCGUGGGGCGGCUAGAGGGCCGCGUCAUCGCCUGUUUUGUCGACGACCACGCCCUGAUUCUGUACGUCUACGUGCCCCAUGUGGAUGAUAUCGGUGCGGAGGAUGUGGUUACCUACUAUGUCUCUUCUUACAGUGCGUAA